UUCCAGCUAAAAAUCCCAGUGACCGCCAGCCAAAUGACAGAGGCGAGAACAGCAGCAGAGAGAAACGUGGGUUUGUAACGGAGAGCCUGCACUGCAUCAGCACCUAUCGAAGGAGGAACGGCAAACGCACGGUGUUUUCCCUGCCUUACGGUACAGCACGUUGAAUAGGGGAAGUGAAAGGAGGAAUAUGCCACCGCCCCUUUGCGUGUCAAAAUGAGCUGACGGCUGUUUUGGGGGACAAUAUAAAGGUGUUUUUAAAUUUGCGGAGCCUGAUGGGGAAACUGUGAUUAUGGAAUAUUGACGGUGAUGUUUGCGCCACGUCCAGCCGCAUCGUCUGCCUCACUCUAAGGAUUCAUACAGUAGGAAACUCCGUUGAACACUGGCCUUUUCUUGAGGAAAUCGCAGCUACUGCCUCACCUCUUAAUUCAUAGGGGUAAACGGGGCCGUAACCUUCCGUUUGAAUUUUGACAAUCGUUUCAUAUUUUGUUUUUGUUUUGGAUACAAUUAUGAGCUCGUUACUUUUUACCGAGGUUUCACCAAUGAAUGGAGUCGCCUUGGUUCCAGUUAGCAGAGUCUCGCCCACUGGUUCGGGUGCGGUACCCAGUGCUCUGCGGAACGAUUUGGGUUCCAACAUUCAUGUCUUGAAGACCCUGAACCUGCGAUUCCGCUGCUUCCUGGCUAAGGUCCACGAACUGGAGCGAAGAAACAAGUUAUUAGAGACCCAGCUGCAGCGAGCCUUGGACCAGACGCGUUACCGAUCCCUCUAUGCGCGUGAGACAGCGGUCCAAACGGAUGUCACCUCUGAACCACGGAUACCGGGAUAUCAUUCCCGGUUACCUGGAACUAUCUGGAGUUUCACCCAUGUGAGGAAACAAGGGGAACGGUUUGAAACUCUUCAGGGUCCCGGUGUUACCUGGACACAUCCAGACGGUGUUGGGGUUCAAAUCGAUACCAUCACCCCAGAAAUACGAGCACUCUACAAUGUACUCGCCAAAGUCAAGCGAGAAAGAGACGAAUACAAGAAAGAGUGGGAGGAAGAGCUAUCCAGAAGACAGCAGAUGGAGGCGAUGGUGCAGGCUCUCCAAGAGAGUGCCCAGGAGUCUGAGCUCAUUCAGGAGGAGCUGAGCGAGAAGGUGGACAGACUGAAGGCUGAGCUGGUGGUCUUCAAGAGCCUUAUGAGUGAACAAAUGUCAGACCUGGACACGCAGAUCCAGGAGAAGGCCAUGAAGGUGGACAUGGACAUCUGCCGGCGGAUCGACAUCACGGCCAGGCUGUGCGACGUGGCCCAGCAGCGGAACUCCGAGGACAUGUCCAAGAUGUUCCACGUCAGCCCGUCCAGGGCCCUCACAGACAGGGGGGCGAUGGCCUGCAGAAGGAAAGAGCGUAAAGUUGUGUCAGACGAGGAGAGCUCGGAGAUGGACGCCGACCCCAGCACCUCGGAGGAAGAGGUUACGGGAUCGCUCAACAUCACAGACGAGAUGAAGCGCAUGCUGAACCACCUGAGGGAGACGUUUGACAUCGAUGAUGACUGUGACAGCCUGAGCUGGGAGGAGAACGAUGACACUCUGCUGCUGUGGGAGGACUUCACCAACUUCAACACCCCGUCGGCCAUCUGCACGGCCUCUUGCAUGGCCGACUGCCACGGGGACGGCUUGGAUCAUGGCUCCCAGGAUGGCAGCCUGGGCAGCCUCAUCGAUGAGACAGAGUCGCUCUUCAAGACGAGAGAGCAGGAGUACCAGGAGACCAUUGGGCUGAUUGAGAUGGAGCUGGCUACGGCAAAGAGUGACAUGAACAGACACCUGCAGGAGUAUAUGGAGAUAUGCAGCAUGAAGAGAGGCCUUGAUGUGCAGAUGGAGACAUGCAGGAGAAUGAUCAAGGGAGGCAGAAACUCUCCAUCCUUCAGUUCGGUGGCCAGCAGUGACUCAGGGAACACUGACGAGAUCCAAGACGAGCUGGACAAGGACGGAGACGCGGAGGGGCCAGUCAGCUGAUGGCCACGCCCGCCAGGCCACGCCCUCCCAACCGCCAGCUCCUGACAGAGCGCUUCUCACAUCCCGAAGAACAUGGAGGAGCACGCCCCUGACGCCGAGGGGCAGGCCACUCCCACGACAUGAGGACCGUUUAGCGUCCC